AUGGAAAAUCUUUCAAUGGCAUGCCAGGAAGCUCUGAGUUAUCGACAAGAAGGUUCUAUUCAACUUAUUCGUUGUGUUACACCAACUGUGGAAGAGCGAAAUAAUCCAGAAUACGUACCUCAGUUAGAAAUCAACGAGAAGGCACAAGAGAUUAUUUCUCAACGAUUUAAUGCACCUAUCUCGAUUAUUGUGUAUGUCGGAAACAUGGGCGUUGGCAAAAGUAAACUGGCUUCACUUACUAUUGCUGCAUUAGAAAAGGAGCAACACCACCCAUCUAUGGGUUGGUUUCGAAGUGGUGUCAAUCCUGACGGAAUAACAAGAGGUGUUUGGAUGUGGAGUGAACCGCUUUAUCAUCCUGAUGAUCAUGAGGGCAAAAAAGGUUCAAUUUUAGUCCUUGACUGUGAAGGAAUGGGUGAUUUAGACGAAACUACAGGUGCUAAUCUGUAUUUGUUCUGCAUGAUCAUGAGCACCGCUUUUUGUGUUCUUCUUCGUCCUGCUCGUAUUGAAAAGGAUCAAUGUGAACGCCUUUAUCAUGCGUUACGUCGAUUCGAAAAUAUGAGAACACAACAUGUUUUACCAAACUUUUGGUUAAUCCCCUUAGAUUCGUCUGAAUUUGCUUACAGUGAUGAAGAUACCGGUGAUGAUGUAACUAUCACGAAAGAACAAUGGAUUGAAAUAGUAUUUAGUGUAAAGGAAGAACGUAAUCAUCUAUCGACCAGUGAAAAUCAAAGAUUGAAAACACAGUAUGAAUUUAUUCAUCGUAUAUUACCCAAAAUAGACGCCAUCAAUAUUGAUCAUCUACCACCGCCAUUAAAGAAAAAUACUAAAACGCUAGAUUUAUAUUCGUUACUUCGCGAAGAAGAACUAUUAAAUAUUAAAAAUCGAGAUGGAUAA